AGGAAAAGUAGGAGGGUCUAUUUAGUAGCUGACCAACAGUGAUGCUUCUGAGAGUUUGAGACAAGAGCGAAGAUAUGGCAAACACACCGAAACAUUAAAUAUACCACCAACAGAAACACAAAGAAAGUUUGCUGCCAGUAUAUGCAAGACAAGGGAAGACAACGAAGAUCGAUCGAUAGAUAGAUAGAUAGAUAGAUAGAUAGAUAGAUAGAUAGAUAGAUAGUGUUGUCAGGAAAGAGGCGCAAAGGAAAAAGAGAUGUAAUUUACAAGGAGACAAACAAAUUAAGCCUCAGGUAAAGGUCAGUUUUUCACAUCUGCUCUUGAAAGGAGCCGGAGUUUUAAGUCAAAAAAAGGCUUAAUCCUUGGAAAUCAGUGACAGUGCAAAAGAUGUCCCGCAGGAAGCAGAGAAAACCCCAGCAGCUCAUCUCAGACUGCGACAACUCAACAUCUUCAGAAAAUGGAGAUACAGCCGGAGAAGAUAUUCAAGUUUGCCGGAAGUGCUGUGCACAGUUUGAUGAACCCUCUGAUUUUGCCAGGCACAAACAAUGCUGCUCGAACGACAACCAAGUUGUGGUGAUAGUAGAAAACCAAGAGGAAUCAGGGAAGAGCUAUGUUACUGAAGGAUCCGCUUCAAAUAACAUAACAACAGGAAAGAAAAUAGAAGUGACAGAACAAUGUGACAUGGAAAUGGGUGAAAUGAGGGCAGAUAUGGGCAAGAAGGGAAUAGGGCCAUCCCAGCGUUUUCUUAUACCUAAUGGCGGCUUAAUUAUGGAUGGACUCACAGGGCCAAAGAUUGGGAUGGCUCCAGUGAGCCAAGAAGAUGUUUCUGGUGGUCAAACAACUCCUGGCACUAUAAACAUCCCGAUGAUACUGGAAGAGUUGCGAGUUUUACAACAAAGGCAGAUACAUCAAAUGCAAAUAACGGAACAAAUUUGUCAACAGGUGCUCAUGUUGGGUUCCCUUUCUAUGUCUCCUUUAACACAAACAACUCCCCAGUCACUGGGAUCCAAGUCUCUGCAUGUCACUAGCCCCUCAAAACAAUCUCAGCCUGUUCCAGAAUCACCAAAAUCUAUUAGUGGAGAUGAAAAUGCUAAACAGCCUUUGCUACAUCUUUAUGACCCGAUAGUGCAGUCUUUCAAUGUUAGGAACAUCCCAAAUGUGAAAGACAAGUUUAUGGCGGGAUUCUAUGACAAGCCAUCCCCAGGGCAUGCUUCACUUCCAAGCUCUCCACCCUGUCACCUCAUUUCUCCACAUGCCAUUUUUCCACCAGGUUUGUCCACUUUGCAAGGUGGACUAUUUUUAGGGGCUAGAGUUUUGGAUACUGCCCCUAGCCUGCUGAAACAGAAAAACAGUGAACCUAUGCGUAGUGAAAGUCAGCAAGAGAGGACAUCAGGAAGGCACAAAUGUCGUUUCUGUGCAAAGGUCUUUGGAAGUGACAGUGCUCUCCAAAUUCACCUACGUUCUCACACUGGGGAGAGACCAUACAAGUGCAACAUAUGUGGCAACCGCUUUACCACAAGAGGCAAUUUAAAAGUACACUUCCAUAGACAUCGGGAAAAGUAUCCCCAUAUACAAAUGAAUCCGCAUCCGGUUCCUGAGCAUCUAGACUAUGUAUUGACUAGUACCGGCCUACCGUAUGGUAUGUCAGUGCCUCCAGAGAAGAUGGAAGAAGAGACAAUAGAGAAAAAACCCUUUGUACCACCAGUGUUCGCUCCAGAAAGUCUUUUCUCCAGCUCAACUACUCAGGUCCUCCCAUCAAUUGGCAAACUAGUCCUUAUGAAGCCUGGAGAGGCAGCCUCAACAUUAAAGGGUCCAAGUUUCCCUAAGACAAAGGUUGAUGAAAACACUCCUCCAGGAGAAAGGUCAGAUACAGGAGCACCUGCUGUCAGUGGAAGAAUGCAACUAAGCAAAUUGGUGACCUCACUUCCAAGCUGGGCACUUCUGGCUAGCCACUUUAAACCUGGGACUUUCCCUUUUUCAUAUACAGUUGAUCCACUGGGGUACUCAGAGACCUCAAAGCUACAACAACUAGUGGAGAAAAUUGACAAACAAGCAGCUAUUCCAAACCAGUGUGUUAUCUGUUUAAGGGUACUUAGCUGUCCAAGAGCUCUCAGACUUCAUUAUAACCAGCAUGGUGGAGAACGACCCUUCAAAUGUAAAAUAUGCGGACGUGCAUUUUCCACGAAGGGCAACUUAAAGGCCCACUUUGUGAGUCAUAAAUCCAGCUUAUCCUCAAAGCCUCAGAAUUCAUGCCCGAUUUGCCAGAAGAAGUUUACUAAUGCUGUUACUCUCCAGCAGCAUAUAAGGAUGCACUUAGGAGGGCAAAUACCAAACGGUGAACUUUCAGAUGCAGGAGGUAACAAAACUGAAGACCUAGAAGAUAAGGGUGUGCCAGACUUCUCUGAUGAGGUUAGCACUGAUGAAGAAUCCUUGGAUGUAAGUGAAUCAGAAAAUGAAAAAACAGCCCUUGUUGACUGUGAAGUAUCCAUCAUGGAAGAUGAUACUGCAACCACAGUUGCCUCAACGAACACAGAAAAUAACAUAAACUCUUCUACUACUCAUAUAUUGAAUACAACCAAAGAAUCAAUAACAUCAUCAGAACCUAAUAUAGCCAGUGAGCCAGUCCCUGAAAUCAUUCCAAAUUCUAAAACAAAUGUCCAAGCUGGCAAUGAUGAGGAAUAUGCAAUGAACACUGAUUCAAGUAAAAGUCCCCAAAAUAAAAUUGUUAAGGCCUCUGAUGAUGAAAAUGAUACAGGAAUCAAGCAGGAUUCAGAGCAUACUAUGUCUAACAAGCAAGAAGGAUGUCUACCAGAGACAACCACCCUCAAAUGCAGCCUCUGCUCUGAGAUACUACCAAAUGGUGAGUCACUGGACCACCAUAGCAAGUGCCACAUGAAAGAUGGGCUGUUCCACUGCCUUGUUUGUAAGCAGAGCUUCCUGGAGGCAUCCAUUCUGAAGAAGCAUGUUAUCCACGCACACCAGGUGAGCCAACCCUUCUCUCCUCAGCUGAUCAGCAGCCCCAAAUGUCCAGCUGGAGAUUUGCCACCUCUAGCACAAAAUUUACUGGUGAGCUCAGUGAAGAGUGAAGUGGUAAGCCCAUCCCAGACAUUGGCACUAGUACACUUUCCUCAACUGCCGGUGCCCUCGUCCCUUUCCCCUCCUUUGAGACGCAGCCCUAAGCAGCAUUUGUGCAUAGUAUGUAAGAAGACAUUCUCUUCAGCCAGUGCCUUGCAGAUUCAUGAGAGGAUACACACAGGAGAGAAGCCUUUUUCCUGCAAUAUGUGUGGAAGGGCAUUCACCACACGGGGGAACCUAAAGGUCCAUAUGAGCACACAUGUAUGGAGCAGCAACAACUCGAGAAGGGGAAGACGGCUCUCUCUGGAUAACAUUGGCCCCCUGCUCUCAGGAACCCCAGUGAAGUUGCAGGAGUUCCUGUCUAAAGAAAUUCCCACGCAACUGGUUGGAGUCAGCCCAUUGUCUUUUUGGAACCAGUACACAGCCUAUCUCACCAGUAGUCCUCUCCCAACAAGUGGUAGUCUUGCCUCUACAGGAGCCAUUCUACCAUCACCUGCUCUACUUGCCUUGAGGACGGCUAAGGCUGAAAACAUUGCUCCUGGAGAGCUUGCAGAAGUCACAGGGAAAAAAAAUGGCAACACUGAAUCGCCAUGCAACAGUUUGAUAAAAGAAGAGAAGUAGAUGGCUUCUAAUGCUUACUGUCUUAAUGAAGGAACUUAUUAAUAAAACCACAAGUCAUGGCCAUAAUAAGAAGAUACAGUCAGAGGGCACUACUUGGACAAGGCUGAAUAGCCUAUGUAGCCCCAUGUUUUCAACUAUUCCUCCUAGCAGGGU